UCGAAACUCAACUGAUAAGAAUAGCCUAUCAUCUGCUCCUUUCUGACCCUGUUUAUCAAUGCAUCAUGCCUUUGGGAACUGACUGCACAAUGAUGUUUACAUUCAAUAUUGCAUAACAGAUUACUUUCUUCUUAAAUCCCUGUUUACUUUAUUGCAAUCUAUUACUCAAUUGUUAUCUAACUGUAUGUUACUACAAUGUAUAAUCUAUAGUGGGGACCCUUUAGGAGAGAAUUCAUUUGUUGCCUUUAUAAAUAGUGGAGACCCUUUAGAAGAAAUAUUGGUUGCCUUUAUGAAAUUACUGCAAAGGAAUUGUAUAUUUUUAAGGUGUAAUAAGCAAUGGAAAGACUGCUCCUCUCCUUAAUCCUGCUUGGAACUGGAACCAGUCUUGUACUUUGUACCCUAGACUGUGACGCUUCCUGUGUGUCGUCAAACCAGUUUGAACUUGAUGUUAGGGUAGAUGGUAGCAAUAUAGAACUCAGUUGGACUUUCAACCAAUCAAAACCUAUCUACGGAUUUCAAAUGAUAAUCUACGAUGAUGACGACUAUAUCACCUAUGAGUCACCAAUUCUACACUUUUCUGAACGUUCAAUGUCCCUGGAACACGAGCUUGAAGGACAGUCUAAAAUCUGUCUUGCUAUUUAUGAAAAUAAUACCAAGAUUCUUGACAAAAAAUGUGAUAAAAUCGUGAUAAAAGACCUUAAAAUUAUCAUCGGAAUUCUAGCAGGCACAAUCUUUCUAAUCCCUUGCAUCGCUGCCCUAACCUACGUGAUCUACAAGGACUACAAAGUGAGGCUCAUCGAGCAGUUCGAGGAGAUUGAUCCGCUUAUAGAAACCAAAACAAAAAAGAUUCAGGUUAUUGUAGCUAUUGAAGAAGAAAAGAAAGUUGAUAAGACUGGUAAAAAGAAGAGUGUAAAUAGUGACACUGUUGUGGAAAACAAGGCAUACGUUCACGAUGAACCUGAAGAACAACCGACCAAGGCUGAUGAUCCAAAAGUUCUAGAAGCUUCAGUAGAACCAGAUGAGCUGAAUACAACAACUAGUACUAUUGAAUGUGGUGAUCCAAUAAAUGAAACUGAAACACCAGAUAAAAGUAAUGCAGAAGACAAUACAAAAGACGAUAUUAAAGAUUGUAUAUGUAAUGAUAAUAUAGAUAAUGUGGGUAAUGCAACUGAUCAUCCAGAAGAAAGUGAAACAGUUACAGAUGAACUUAAAACGGACUCUGUUUGUGUAACUGAGGAAGAUGUCUCUGGAACAAAUUUAUAAUCAAUAUUUCUUUACAAUUAAUCGGCAAAAGUGAUUUUCUUUAAACAAUGUGGGGUUUGUUUGUUGUUUGUCUUUUUAAUGGACACCUCUUAAUGGAUACUGCUUGACAUAGGAACAAAUCUAUAAUCAACAUUUUUUAUAAAUAGCCAGCUAAAAGUUAGAUAAAGUGGGGUCAUUUUUUUGUAUUAUCUAAAUGGAUACUGUGUGACUUACAAAGAUUUAAUCAAUACAUUUCACAAUUUAAGCCCGCUAAAAGUUGUUUCCUUUAAAAUAUAUAAAGCUCUAUAUCUGCUGUCUGCAGUUUACAAAAUUUUUGUUUGAAUUUGGAAAAAGAGUAAUUACACAAUGCCUGUAUAAAGGAAAUAUGAUGGUAUAUUUCCUUUUGAGUGAAUACCGACUCAAUGCAAAAACUGCUAAAUUGUUGAAAACUUACAAUAUUUUGUUCAGGAACAUUUUAUUCUGUUCAUACAUACUUUUUAAAUGUGCUUAACAUUCUAUAUAUGAACUCUUUCUAAAAAGGACCAUUAAUUAUGGUAAUAAUAUAUAUUAAUUGUUUUUGAUUUUCAUAAAAAAUGUUCACUACAUUUAGCUUUAUACCUUUUAUAUCAAUGUGUUCUAGGCUUUGUUUGUUGUUGAUUUUUUCUUUCUCGGUUUAAACUGAUUUCAUCAUGCAUAUACAAAAUCAUGGAGGGCAAAUAUAAAAGAGGUUUAAUUUUGCAUGAACUUUUUAUGCAGUAUCGCUAACUAUUCUAAUAAUCAUAUCUCUACCAUUUUACUGAUAAGCAGCAUAAUUGACUAUUUUCAUCAUCAUAUAGUAAUAAUUCUACCCCUUUUACUGGUAUAGUAAAGGUUAAAUUGACUGAUUUAUCAUUAUAUGUAACAUUUGUGGAUAUCUGUGCUUUACGCUUUGUUAAAUCCCUAUAUCAUUUAUACACUUGACAUUUUUACAUAAUUUUAUAAUAUUAUGUAUAGGAACAAUUUUUAAAUU